GGAGAAAGGAGCGAGUGAGAGGGGAGGGGGCGCGGAGCGAGCGGCGAGGAGCCGAGCGGCCCCUCGGCUGGGGCGCCCUCCGCAGGCGCACAUGGCAGCCCCUGCGCGGUGAUCCCCGAGUAGCGAGUAGCGCGCAGCUUGCACGAGUCCCGGGCCGAUGUCCCAGGUGAGUGGCCAGCGCCCCCCUCACUGCGACGCGCCCCAUGGAGCCCCCAGCGCAGCCCCGGGCCCAGCCCAGACCCCAUCCCUCCUGCCUGGGCUGGAGGUAGUAACCGGAUCCACUCACCCUGUGGAGGCAGCGCUAGAGGAGGGCUCUCUGGAGGAAGCGGCAUCCCCCAUGCCCCAGGGCAAUGGCCCUGGGGCCCCUCAGCCCCUGGACAGUACUGACCUCGAUGUCCCCACAGAAGCUGUGACAUGCCAGCCUCAGGGGAACCCCUUGAGCUGCACCCCACUAGUGGCGAAUGGCUCAGGCCACCCCUCAGAGCUGGGCAGCGCCAGGCGAGCGGGGAAUGGUGCCCUGGGUGGCCCCAAGGCCCACCGGAAGUUGCAGACGCACCCAUCUCUCGCCAGCCAGGGCAGCAAGAAGAGCAAGGGCAGCACCAAAUCUACUGCCUCCCAGAUACCCCUCCAGGCACAGGAAGACUGUUGCGUCCACUGCAUCCUGUCCUGCCUGUUCUGCGAGUUCCUGACCCUGUGCAACAUCGUCCUCGACUGCGCCACGUGCGGCUCCUGCAGCUCCGAGGACUCGUGUCUCGGCUGCUGCUGCUGCUGUGGCUCGGGCGAGUGCGCCGACUGCGACCUGCCCUGCGACCUGGACUGCGGCAUCGUGGACGCCUGCUGCGAGUCUGCCGACUGCCUGGAGAUCUGCAUGGAGUGCUGCGGGCUCUGCUUCUCCUCCUGACCGCCGCCGCCCCGCCCACCGCGCGCCGCCCCGCCCACCCGCGCGCCGCGGCCCCGCCUCUGGUGGGGGAGGGUGGGGGCGGAGCCGCCGCAGCACCGGCUCCUCCUCGCGGUGCCUGGACCCGGUGGCAGCGCCGACGACCCGAGGUUGGGGGGCGGGCCGGGGAGGGACCCGCGCCUGGCCCCCCGCCCCCCCACCCCCGGCGAGAACACUGUGAAAGUGGGGGGCAGGAGCGCGGGCGGGGGGAGGCGGGGCCGGCGGGUUGUGCGCUUCUCUACCUCUCCCGGCCCCUGGGGCCCGCCUCCCGCCGCCCAGGCUCAGCAAAAUGUGAAGUGAGACAUCCCAGCCCGUCCUGGGCCAAGCCCUUCCCCAGUCUCCUUACGGGGCCCUCGUGGGGGGCCUGACUCCUACAGUGACCCCCGAGGUCCCCCAGAGGGCAUGGCUGGGCCAGGAGGGACAGGAACAGUAUAGAAAAGACAGGAA